AUGGGAUUUCAACAACAGCCACCCCCACAAGAAAAUAAGGGAAAUUUAGAGGAAAUGAUUUCUAAGUUCAUUAAUGCUGCUGAAGCAAAGUUUCAAGAUCACGAAAAGAAAUUCUUAAAUCAAGAAGCAUCUAUUAAGAAUUUAGAAGUCCAAAUGGGGCAGAUUGUGAAUUUGUUAUUAGAAAGAAGAGAGGGACAACUGCCUAGCAAUACAGAGAAGAACCCAAGGGAGCAAGUGAAUGCCAUUGCUUUAAGAAGUGGAAAGACUAUUGGCGAGACCCAAAAUGAUGAUYARAAAGCUGAAGUCUUGGAGGAGGAAGUUAAGGAGACGUUGAACUAUUUGGAGGCCGGUCAGGAAGGGUGCAAGCCAAGACAAGAAAAAUUUUUACCACUAGAUGGACCGACCUAUACCAAACAAUUGCGACCCUCCAUCGAAGAACCUUCAGCUUUGGAACUUAAACCUUUGCCUUCUCAUUUGAAAUAUAUAUUUUUGGGAGAAAGUUCCACCUUACCUGUAAUCAUCUCUUCUGAUUUGACAGGUCUCCGAGAGGAAAAGCUGGUAAGGGUGCUCAAGCAACAUGUAUUGGCCAUCGGAUGGAGCAUCGCCGACAUAAAAGGGAUUAACCCUUUGGUGUGCACGCACAAAAUCUUGAUGGAAAAUGGCUGCAAUCCCAAGGCACAACAACAAAGAAGGCUGAACCCUAAAAUGCAACAGGUAGUGAAGACAAAAAUUCUUAAAUGGCUCGAAGUAGGUAUUAUCUAUCUAAUCUCUGAUUCAUCAUGGUUGAAUAAGGCCACUAGGAAAGAUCACUUCCCUUUGCCAUUUAUUGAUCAAAUGAUAGAGAAACUCGCAGGGCAUGAAUACUAUUGCUUCUUAGAUGGCUACUCCGGGUAUCUUCAAGUACCCAUUGCACUUGAAGACCAGGAGAAGACUACUUUUACAUGCCCAUAUGGCACAUUUGCAUUUAGGAGAAUGCCAUUUGGAUUGUGCAAUGCACCUGCUACUUUCCAGCGUUGCAUGAUGUCUUUGUUUGGCGAUUUCGUUGAUGAUUGCAUGGAAGUAUUUAUGGAUGAUUUCUUCAUUUAUGGAUCAUCAUUCGAUGAGUGCUUGCAUAAUUUAGAACAGGAACUUCAAAGAUGUGAGGAAUCUAACAUUGUUUUGAAUUGUGAAAAAUGUCAUUUCAUGGUUAAGGAAGGAAUAGUUCUAGGGCAUAAAGUGUCAUCCAGGGGCAUCGAAGUGGAUAAAGCUAAGAUAGAACUGAUUGAAAAGCUUCCUCCACCUCAAUCCCUAAAGGACAUUAGAGGUUUUCUUGGGCAUGCAGGUUUUUACAGAUGGUUCAUUAAGGAUUUUUCUAAAAUAGCUAAACCCUUGACAAAUCUGCUAGUUAAAGAUGUACCUUUUGAAUUCGAUGAUAAUUGUUUGCAUGCAUUCAACACUCUUAAGGAAAAAUUGAUUCAAGCCCCUAUUGUAUUAGCUCCGGUAUGGGAACUACCCUUCGAAAUCAUGUAUGAUGCAAGUGAUAAAAGAAAACUUCAGCUCAACGAAAUGGAAGAAUGGAGGAAUCAAGCAUAUGAGAAUGCCCGGACUUACAAAGAAAAAACCAAAGCAUGGCAUGACUCCCGUAUUGCAAGGAAGGAAUUUAAGGAAGGAGACAAAGUUCWGCUCUUUAAUUCUCGUCUCAACCUAUUUCCUGGAAAGUUGAAGACCAGGUGGAGUGGACCCUUUGUAGUGGCUAAGGUAUUCCCUCAUGGAGCACUUGAAUUGCGCAAUGGUAAGGGAGACACAUUCAAGGUAAAUGGGCAGCGUUUAAAGCAUUAUAUUGAAGGGGAAUAA